GUUCAUUCAUCGCACGAGGCAUCUCUUGCAUCCAUCUGACUUGCCCUUCUUCCUACAAGCAUCUCGUAGCUUCAGUUGAUCACGUGGAGGCCUGAAAGAGGAGCUUGGCCCGGGUGUGGCCAGGGGGACCAAUGCUGGCCCGCGGUUUCUCCGUUUCUCAACGCCGUUCACUCUCGCCCGUGAAGGCGAAAGGUGGACAGCAAUGGUCGUCCGAUCACUCUCGGCCCUUCUUCGACAAACGCACACUUGCCUUCGCCCCUCCUCGGCUCCGUGUGUCUAUGAAGCAUCUCAUCGCCUGUUUGCUCGUCUGCGUUGCUGGCGUGUCCCUUGCCAUCUGUAACCACCACCAGCAGCAGCAUCGGUCUGAUACGUCCAGCUCAGACACCGCCCGAAUGCUACGUGCGCGCGCGAAUGCCCGCGCCGGCAGCUCUCGGUACGGACACAAACUGGUGAAUGUGGGCAACCCGAGGCUGUUCAACGUCGGCCAACCGGCACUCGUGUGUGCGGGAGACCCCAGGUAAGGGGGACAGCACUAUGUCUGCUGUUCUCCCUCUCUCUAUUGUGUGUGCGUUCUUGGAUGGUUGGCUGUCUGUCUGUCUGUCAGUCUGGUGCGUGUGGGGUCCCCGUGUUUGAUCUCUGCGGGCAACCCGUCGGUGGUGUCGGCCGGCAACCCCUCGGUGGUGUCUGCUGGCAACCCUUCCGUCGCACAAGCCGGAAACGUACGCACACCAGCCAGAGCACACAAUGAAGAGCCGGGCAUGCAUUCAUAUCAUGUGUAUGGCGUGUCGUCUUGUGGGUCACUUUGUGCAGCCGUCGGUCGUGUCGGCGGGCAACCCGUCUGUGGCCUCUGCUGGCAACGUACGCACACAAUGAAGCAAGGAAGCAGUGCAUGCAGAUGAAACUUAGACGUGGAGGCAUGUCUGUCUUUGUGUGUGUUGUGCAGCCGGCGGUCGUGUCCGCAGGCAAUCCGUCUGUCGCUGAGGCGGGCAAUGUGAGUGCAUUGCAAUAGACCACACGACACCGACCAGAACGGACAAGUUUGUGCAUCCCUCUCUCUCUCUCUCUCUCUGUCUGUGUGUCUGUGUGUCUGUGUGUCUGUGUGUGUGUGUGUGUAUGCUGUGCAGCCGGCGGUUGUGUAUGCGGGAAAUCCGUCAGUGGUCGGGACGGACAACGGCUACUGGUACAAUGGCUACUAUUACCCAUACUACCCAUGAGGCCCUCUCUUCUGCCUUGCCAAGGCCUCUCGUUGAUACAUACCACUGUGUGUAUAGAGCGUACGCAUUUUGUGUGCCUUUCUUUGGGUGUUUUUG